ACGCACAUCUGGGAGGUUUUUAUUGCGAUGAGCGAGAGGAGCGGAAGCGAGACACUUUUAAUCCACUCGCACCAUCACCACCAUCACCAUUACCAGCAUCUGCUCUCCCCAGCUCUGCUCUCCUCCAUUGCCAGCGACCCAUUCCAAGCCACCAGAAACUGAACUGAACUCGACACUCGUUCUCUGUUUGCUGGCGGCGGCAUUCGGCAUUCGUGUUUCGAUUUUCAGCGGGCGCAGUUGCGUGCGUGUGGGUGUGUGUUUGGCUGUAAACAAUUCUCCGACAGGCGAAAUUUACUAAUAAUAUUUAAAGUAACCCGAAACUAAACAAACAAUCCAACAAUAAUUCAACUCGUCGCCACACACACGCGCCACACUCGCCGCCAUGGAUCCGAAACUGGGACUUCCCCUUUUGAUGACCAGCCUGCUGCUGCUGGUCUGCCACCAGCCCACGCCCACCUCCGCCCUGAUCGAGGACGUACUGGACAUCAUUCAUGUGGUCAAGGAGGUCACCUCCGGUGUGCUCAAGGCCUGGGACAUUGUCCAGUCCUCCCCCCUGGCGGCCAACAUUGAUUUUCCGCUGAUGCGGGAAAAGCAAAAGAAGGUGCUGCAGCGGCUGAAGGAAGUCAGUCGGCAAAUCGACCAGACCGAAGAGCAGCAUGCCGAGUAUGUGGCCAUGGCCAUCGACUCUGUGACCAGCUACAUGCACAACAAUGCCCCCAUCAUGGCCAAGAUGAACGACAUCGCGGACACGAUCAACAGGAUCUCGUCCCGCUACCAGCAGAUGCAGAAGUACGAGGCCUACAAGGACAAGCUCGAGAUGUCCACCCUGAUCACGUUUGCCGAGUGGACCGUCUCUCCGAACGCCCAUUCCGUCCACCACCUGAUGGAUCGUCUGCACAUUAUUCUCUUUGGAAACGAGGACAGGGGGAACAGCUCCUCCGGCAGCAGCAGCAGCAGCAACUUGCUCUCCCAACUGGCCACCGCCUAUGAGGUGUCCAAAGAUCAGAUUUGCAACACGCAGCAGUCGGCCCAGCAGUUCGUGUACUCCCUCUACGCGGACAUCGCCCUCACCGAGCUCAAGGCCUACACCAUGAUGGAGUUCUCGUGGAUGAUGUUGCGGGUCUACGGCAAGGGCAACUACACCCAGGAAGCGGAACUGAUGCGGAACGACUACGAGAAACGGACAGAGCGCACGCUGAAGCUCCUCAAGGAUGUGAUGCUGCGGGCCGAUCGUAUCGUGUAUCGUUGUGAUCCUCCCAAGCACAUUCCGAAGGUUACCUACGACGAGGUGACCCGUCUGCUGCAGGGGUAUGUUGAGAAUGAAGUGGAUCUGAACAACGAGGAGACGUGCCGGGAGACGUGUGACUACUAUCAGUCCACUCGCGCCGAGGGCUGCUUCAAGGAGAAGUACUGCGCCCGCCAGCAACGCUGCUCCGGACGCAUCUACAACUGCCAGUUCAUCGACUCCGACAUGUGGGUGUGCCCCUCGCCACAAAACAGCACCCGCCGGUACGAGUACAUUGAAUACGAGAACGGACGUGUGCUGGGACAGAGAAGCAAGUGCCAUCGCGGCACCACCAAGGUGGACAGCUGGUGGCGGUAUAUUCUGUGGCACUGCAGCUACUGCUUCUGUCUGUGCGACGAGCAGGGCCUGAAGUCGGAUCGCUUCUUCAACCUUCGCGACUCCAUUGCCGAUGUGAAGAAGAACAGAGUUGUGACUGGCCUGCGACUGGUCAAGUCGAACCGAAUCUUCCACCUGCAGAUCCAGGAGGGUGAGCUUAUGCCGCGCGGCGUCAUCAAUCAGAGCAGCUUGGAGUGGAAGCCGGUGGAGAAGUACAACAUCUUCGAUCGCGACGUCAAGAAGGGUGUCGACUACCAUACGCUGAGCUACGAGAGUCGCUCCAUCGACUUGGAUGAUGUGAACACGGACGACAACAGCUUUGUGGUGACUGGCGUGAGGUUCCGACUGGUGGGAGCCCAUCUCAACCUGGAGGCCUACUACACAGAGUUCGACUUCAAGACUGGCAAGCUCAUCCAGCCGGAGCUCAACAGCUAUUGGAAGUCCAACGACAACACCGACGUCAGCGGUGGAGCACGCCGGGAGAAGCUACGCUUGGCGAACGCAGACCUGCCCACAAGAACCAUUGCCACGUCGCUGGUGCAGUCGCGCCACAACCAGUACAUCGACUUCACCAACACCGGCCUGGACAAGGACGCGGCCCAGAGCACAGUGCCGUUCAUCGACAUUCAGGACGUCGUCUCGAAUCCCCCAGUGCCCCUGUCGGGCAUUGGCAUCUACUACAAGGGACGCAACGGCUACGGAGGCUUCCUGGGACCCAAGAUCAUCACCUACGACUUUAUGCCGCACGUGCAGGUGCCCAGGAAGAAGCCCUAGGGGAGGCGAGGGCACAGCAGCAGCAUAUUUCAUAGCUUUCUUAGUUUUACACACUACUCUAUCCAAACACUUGCAAAUACUGUCGCGUAGUCUAAGCCAGAUCGGUGCUGAGUCGGUCUAAAUCGAGGGAGGACGGACGAGUCGGAAGGGACGCAGAAUCGGCAAGAAUCGAAUCUAACUCAAAUUAUAUUGAAAUUUAGCCAUAAAAAGAGAAUAAAGAGAAUCUGAAUCGGAAA